GGCAACCUGUUUUUUGAGAAACGUGACGAGAAAAGUUUCAAAGCAGAAACCGACAGAAGAGAGAAAGAAGAAGAAGAAGAAGAAGAAGAAGAAGAAGAAGAGGACUGUGUGCGUGUGCGUGCGUGUGCAGCAGGAUGGAUGUGACAUCACACUGCACUGCCUGUGACAUCACGGAGGGCGGAGUCAACAAGAACGUGGUCCAAUCAGAAUGCAUCAUGACUCAGCCGACAGCCAAUGGGACGCUCCCGCAUCACAACCCAGAUCCUGCAGAGGCCCCGCCCCCUCUCUCUGAUAGGUCAGAGGACAGCGGCAAUGACUCGGUGACAGACAGCUCCUCCACCAGUGACAUCGCUCGCCUCCUGCCUGCUCAGCCCGCCUCCGCUCUCCGAAAACACAAAGAUGUGGACACGUCAGCGGCGUCUCCUCCUCCUGUCUGUGCUCCUCCCUCCUCCUCCAUCACCCCUCCUCCUCCUCCUCCUCUUGCGCUUCGCUCGUCCAACUGUAACAGACACACCUGCAGAACCAAUCAGAAGCGUCGCUCCUCCUCUAAAAGCCACGCCUCCAUUAAGACAGACGCCUCCCACAUUAAGGAGGUCGCCGGAGAUGGUGAGUUUGACCUGGGGGGGGGGGGGGGGGGCUACACCAAAUGUGACUCCAAUGGAUUAAUUAAAAUUUCAUCAAAACAUGGAGACUCGACUCGUCCUGACUCGACCUGACUCGACUCGUCCUGA